ACUCGAUCCGUCCAAACCCGAAGGUGUUGAUUUGUUUGUUUGUGUGUAUCAUGAUUCUCCCAUGUUUGUUCGUACUCCUCUUUAUCUCUGUUUUUUCAUCAUACUGUGCCAUUUGGGUUUGAUUGAAAGUUUUCUCAUUUCUGAGUUUCUUAGAGUUAGUUACCCACGUCUUUCUGGAUCGGAUCAUGCGUGUGAUAUUGUUUAUGCAUACUUGAUUUGGGAUUGCUGCUAUGUGGGUUUGAUUUUUGUUUCUAUGCUAAAAGGGGGCGGGAUUGGGGAACAUGGGAAACCCAAUCUGUAGUUGUUUCUAUGCUUUUUGGAUUUUAGCUGUGUCGCGGUACCAGUGUCGUGUCUGGUGUCUGUGCUUCAUAGCCAGUAAGUGAGCUGGGUUGGCUCACUUCGACACCAACAUAUUCUUCUUUGCCCAACUGAGUUAUCCCAAAAUUUCUCUCGUUUUUUUCGAUUUUCCUCCUUCAGUUCGUAUCUCUUCAGCACUUAGGGUUCACCAUCCUCUGAAUUUCAGGCUAUAUUUGAUUAGGAGAUUUGAUGGAUGCAGAGAACGGAUUGAAAGAUCAGGGGCAAACCCUUGAAGCACAAGUCCAAGCCUUUUUUGACUCUGCUCCUCCUUUGCGGAACAUUCAUGAAAUAACUGAGAAAUUAAAUCAAUUCAUUCACCGGAAUUCUUCACCAGCAAAUGGGGAACCCAGGAGAAUUGUUUGUGUGACUUCUGGUGGUACCACUGCUCCAUUGGAGCAACGUUGCGUUCGCUAUGUUGACAACUUCAGUUCAGGUCAUAGAGGGGCCACAUCCACCGAGUAUUUUUUGAAGGCUGGAUACGCUGUUAUCUUUCUGUGCCGGAGGGGAAGUUUCCAGCCAUUUUGCAGAUCCCUUCCUGAUGAUCCCUUAAUUGAAUGCUUUGAGCCCACCACCAAUGAGUUAAACAUUCAAGUUCGCGAGGCUUAUUCUGAACCAGUGAAGAGGGCUAUUGUGGAUCAUCAUGCUGCAGUGGCAGGUGGUCACUUGUUAAAACUUCCUUUCAAUACUAUAUUUGAAUAUCUUCAGAUGUUACAAUUGAUUGCAAUGUCAAUGAGGUGUGUCGGCCCCCUUGCAAUGUUCUAUCUUGCUGCUGCAGUUUCUGAUUAUUAUGUUCCUUGGAAGGAAAUGGUAGAGCACAAAAUUCAGUCAGGAUCUCAUCUCUUGGACGUGAAACUAGUUCAAGUACCAAAGAUGUUGUCAGUCCUUAGGAAAGAUUGGGCUCCUCUUGCUUUCUGCGUAUCUUUCAAGUUGGAGACAGAUUCAAGCAUUCUUCUGACUAAGGCCGGUACAGCUCUUGAAAAAUACAAGAUGCAUGCAGUUGUUGCAAAUGAACUCUCAACUCGCAAGGAGCAAGUGGUAGUUGUCACUGGUGCUGAGAAGAUCAAGGUUCAGCGAGAUAAGAGCAUGUCUGUUAAUGAUGUAGAGGAUCCCCUGAUCAACCUUCUUUCGGAAAGACAUGGACCUUACAUUGAGGCUUCUGCCAUGUGAGUCUACAGAAUGACUUUGGCUCUAAACCUUGGCUUCUUCUCCUUGUUGCGAUUCCUGGGCACCUGCACCACAACCUUGGUUGCAUGAACUCCUCGGUUCUUUAUUAAGUAUUGUUUAAGCACAUAUAUAUAUCAAGGAAGAGCAGUGCUAUAUGAGAGAAAUGUAUCUGAGACAAAAAGUACAAACCACACAUGUUUCAAUUUUCUAAUAAGAAAAUUUUGGUUUUAAAGGAAAAUAUAGGAUUUUUUCAUAGUUUAGCCAAUUGAGCUGUUUCAUGUACCAAUGGUGCCCACUAAUAUCAUGCUACAAAUGAUCUCUGAUAAUGAAAUAUAAUUCAGGUUCUCAUUUAUAUUAAAAUUAUUAUUUA